AGGAAAAAGAAAAGGCGCGACCAGUGACACGUGUAUCCGCUAACCGUAGAGGUUUUGUCGCUGGCGGCACGAAAACAAAAGAGUUUGAAAUUAGAAAGCGGGAUUAGGGUUUUGCACUCCACAGUCCACUCACUCACCUUGUUCUUUUUCUUCUUCUUCUUCUUCACUGCAAUCUCUCUCUCUCUCUCUCUCUUCGCUUUCCAGAAAAUGGUGAACCCUAGAUGCUUCCUCGACAUCACCAUCGGCGGCGAGUUAGAAGGCAGGAUCGUCGUCGAGCUCUUCCACGACGUUGUUCCCAAAACCGCCGAGAAUUUCCGCGCCCUCUGCACCGGCGAAAAGGGCAUCGGCCCCAACACCGGCGUCCCCCUCCACUACAAGGGCAUGUGUUUCCACCGCGUGAUCAAAGGGUUCAUGAUCCAGGGCGGCGACAUCUCCGCUGGGGAUGGCACCGGUGGGGAAUCAAUCUAUGGCGCCAAGUUCGAGGACGAGAACUUGGAGAUGAAGCACGAGAGGAAGGGGACGCUUUCCAUGGCCAAUGCGGGACCCAACACCAACGGCUCCCAGUUCUUCAUCACCACCACGCGCACUCCUCACUUGGACGGAAAGCACGUCGUGUUUGGGAAAGUUCUGAAAGGAAUGGGCAUUGUUCGAUCUGUGGAACACGUUGUUACUGGGGAGAAUGACCGUCCCACUCAGGAUGUUGUGGUAGUUGAUUGUGGGGAAAUUGCUGAAGGGGAAGAUGAUGGAGUUGUUAACUUCUUUAAGGAUGGUGACACCUAUCCCGAUUGGCCCGCUGAUCUCGAUGUCAAACCUGAUGAACUUUCUUGGUGGAUGAGUGCUGUGGACGCUAUCAAAACCCUUGGGAAUGAGCAGUACAAGAAGCUAGAUUAUAAGAUGGCUCUCAGAAAGUAUCGCAAAGCUUUGCGCUAUUUGGAUGUGUGUUGGGAGAAGGAGGACAUUGACCAAGAGAAUAGCGCUGCUUUGAGAAAGACAAAAUCUCAAAUCUUUACAAACAGUUCUGCUUGUAAAUUGAAAUUAGGUGAUCUACAAGGAGCGUUACUGGAUUCAGACUUUGCGAUGCAUGACGGAGAUAAUGCGAAAGCUCUGUUUCGCAAAGGCCAGGCAUAUAUGUUACUCAACGACCUAGAUGCUGCUGUUGAAAGUUUCAAGAAAGCAUUAGAGUUGGAGCCGAAUGAUGGAGGGAUUAAAAAAGAGUAUGCCACUGCCAGGAGGAGGGUUGCUGAUAGACGUGAUCAAGAGAAAAAAGCUUAUUCUAGAAUGUUCAAAUAGAGUUUUUGCUGUAAUGGUACAUGUGGCUGAAAAAUCAGAUAUUUGUGGGGGACAUGUCAAUUAAAUUUUGAACAAUUUCUGAUUUUUCUGUCAGUAGUUAUGAAAACAUCAGAUAUAGUGUAUGUUUUUGAAUUUAUUCUUUCUAGAUUGUGAAGUUGUGAUAGAGCCAUUCAUAUCAUCAUACUUUUUUUUCUUCUGUCAAACUCGUUAAUCAUCAACCGUUAACUGGUGAUUUUUUGUAAUAGAGCAAGCAGAUUGAGACAUCUCAGAAUGAGACUUCCCAACUCACUUUCCCUGAUUUUCUUUUAUUGCCCACAA